AAAGGGGGGGGGAGCAGCGUUUAAAUCCCUUCCCCCCGCUCCUCUCCUCCUCCAUUCCUCCCUUCAUUCGACCUCCCCUCCGGAGCCGCCGUACACACCAGGAUCUUGUUGUGUUGCUGGUGUGAGCCCUCUGUUCCAGAAGACUUGGUGUUUCCCAUCUCAGUCUCCCCAGGACGAGCAGAAGGGAGCUGCGGAGCAAUAAAAAUUUAUGUUUUCAUCAAACCGGGCCAAGGAGAAUGGGGGUCCCGCACCCAAAAGAAUGAAGACCCGACAGAACAAGGACUCGAUGUCAAUGCGGAGUGGACGGAAGAAAGAGACUCCAGGGCCCCGAGAGGAGCUCAGGUCACGGGGUCGAGCUUCCCCCGGUGGCGUCAGCACCUCCAGCAGCGAUGGCAAAGCUGAGAAGUCCCGACAAGCGACAAAGAAAGGCCGGGUGGAGGAAUCCUGCACCCCCAAAGGCAGCAAGCAAGGACGAACGGAAGAGAUCUCGGAGAGCGAGGGGGAGGACAGCAAUGCUCCCAAAAAGACCAAAACCGAGGAGUUACCCUGUCCUCCAUCCCCUUCCGAUGUUGACAGCCUCGAUGGCCACAGCUUCAACGAUGAGAUGAGCAGCGACCCCCGGGACAUCGACCAGGAUAACAGGAGCACCUCGCCCAGUGUCUACAGCCCUGGCAGUGUGGAGAAUGACUCCGACUCCUCCUCCGUGCUGUCCCAGGGACCGUCUCACUCCUACCACCACCCUCCGCUCUUCCCCCAGAGCCCUCCAGUUGCCCCCCCUCCCGACAACCUGGCCCGUCCACCUGAGCCUGGCUUUGGUCUCCCAGGCGAGGUCCACCCCCAGGGCCCCCCUGUGGGCCCCUACCACUCCCAGCUGGAGGGCCAGGCCUCCCGAAUUUUCCAGGCUCAAGCCCCACAGACACCCACCUCCUCUUCUGCAGUUGCAGCCUCUUCUGCCACCCCCUCCUCCUCCUCUUCUUCCUCCUCCUCCUCCUCUUCUUCCUCCUCUACCCACGCUCCUCUCUAUCCCACGGCCAACGUAGUUCAGGUUGGGGCCAAAAUUGCCAGUGGCGCAGGGGGGCUCUCAGCAUCAGGGGGUCGCGAGCAGACCCUUGGCACCAAGCACAACCCGCCGCCCACCACCCCUAUCUCACUGGCAUCGGUGGUUGGGGGGCUGCCCCCUCAAAAGACGUCCCCAGUCAACCCUCCGGCUGCCCCCCCGGCCUCCGCGCCUUCCUUCCCCCACGUCUCCGCCAACCUGCCACCCCCGCCGGCCCUGCGCCCGCUCAACAACGUGGGGGCCGCCUCCAGCUCCCCGGGGAUGGCGGGGCAGGCUCUGAGCGGGCACCUCCCGUCCCCCCACGGCAUGGGGCAGGACAAGGCGCAGCCCCUGGCCCCCUCACGCUACCCCUACGCCCCUCCACCUCUGCCAACCUCCAGCUCCUCUGCCCAGUACCCCCAGCCCUCCCCAGCCCAGCCCCUGCCCAGUUACACGGCCUCCUACGGGCACUCCUUCCCCCCACCCAGCGGCCUCUCGGUGUCCAGCCAGCCCCCCAAGUACACCCAGCCCUCCCUGCCCUCCCAGCCCGUCUGGAGCCAGGGUCCACCCCCCUACAGCCGUCCCCUGGGCAAUGCCAGCUCCCACCCCGCUGCCUCCUUCCCCAGUCAGUCUCCCCAUCACCAGCAGCCGCCCCAGCAGCACCACCAUGGCCAUGGGAGUGGCGGGGGGGUCUCCCCAGCAGCAGCAGCAGCCCCCCCACAGUCCUCGGGGGGCUAUGCCCAUGCCCUAGAGUCCAACAGCCAUCACCCUUCUCAUGCCACGUAUGGGCUGCGCCUCUACCCUCCCCACAGCCAGGCCACUUACAGCCAGGCUCCCUCUGCCACUGCCCCUUCCUCCUCCUCCUCCUCUUCUUCCUCUUCCUCCUCCUCCUCUUCCUCCUCUUCCUCCACCUCUUCCCAGGGAAGCUACCCCGCCAUGUGCACUCACCCCCAGGGGCAGAGUCCUGCCACCUACACCUUCCCCCCACCACCACCCCCCUCCCCAGCCCACGGGGCUGGCCCUCCAGUCACCUCUGCGGCCACCACCCUCUCCACUGUCAUCGCCACCAUGGCCUCCCCCUCCACGGCCCCCUACAAGACCAUCUCACCCCCGGUGCCCCCCUCGGCCGUGGCCCCAUAUGGGAAGCGGGCGGCUUCCCCUGUCCCCACCUUCCAGCCCCCAGCGCCCUACAAGCCAGGCUCGCCCCCAGCCUCCUCGGCUGCCCCUUUCCGGGCAGCGACCCCUCCGGGCUACCGUGUGGCCUCCUCCCCCGUGGCUGGCGGCUACAAAGCCCCCUCGCCAGCCCCACCUGGCCCACCGCUGGCGGGGAGCAUGGCUGCCCCAGCCCCCCCGCCACCCCCGCUGCCGCUCAGUGCUGCCCAGAUCAAGCAGGAGCCGUCGGAGGAGUACGAGCCCCCUGAGAGCCCCGUGCCGCCCGCUCGCAGCCCCUCGCCACCCCCCAAGGUGGUGGACGUGCCAAGUCAUGCCAGCCAGUCGGCCAGGUUCAACAAGCACCUGGACCGCGGCUUCAACUCCUGCUCCCGCACAGACCUGUACUUCGUACCCCUGGACGGCUCCAAGCUGGCCAAGAAAAGGGCGGACUUGGUGGAGAAAGUGCGGAGAGAGGCCGAGCAGAAGGCGCGGGAAGAGAAGGAGCGGGAGCGGGAACGGGAGCGAGAGAAGGAACGGGAGCGGGAGAAGGAGCGGGAGCUGGAGAGGAGCGUGAAGAUGGCCCAGGAGGGUCGGCCAGUUGAGUGCUCGUCCCUCGGGCCUGUCCCCCACCGCCCCUCCUUUGAGCAGGGCAGUGCCGUGGCGACUGUGCCGCCCUACCUGGGCCCCGACACCCCGGCGCUCCGCACGCUCAGCGAAUACGCCCGGCCCCACGUCAUGUCUCCCAGCAACCGCAACCACCCUUUCUACGUGCCGCUGGGCGCUGUCGACCCGGGCCUGCUGGGCUACAACGUGCCGGCCAUCUACAGCAGCGACCCGGCCACGCGGGAGCGAGAGCUGAGGGAGAGGGAAGCCCGCGAGCGAGACCUGAGGGACCGCGACCUGCGCGAGCGCCUCAAGCCUGGGUUUGAAGUCAAGCCAGCCGAGCUGGAGCAGCUCCAUGCCGUGCCGGCUGCUGCCAUGGAUCCAUUCCCACGCCACGGCGGGCUGAGUCUGCAGACCGCCCCCGGCCUUCAUCCUGCCUUUCCCUUCCACCCAGGGUUGGGCCACUUGGAGCGGGAGAGGCUGGCGCUGGCAGCCGGCCCGACCCUGCGCCCCGACAUGUCCUACGCCGAGCGCUUGGCGGCCGAGCGCCAGCAUGCCGAGCGGGUGGCUGCUCUCAGCAACGACCCUCUGGCCCGGCUGCAGAUGCUCAAUGUGACACCUCAUCACCAUCAGCAUUCCCACAUCCACUCCCACCUCCACCUCCACCAGCAGGAUGCCAUACAUGCAGCCUCAGCCUCUGUUCACCCUCUUAUUGACCCGCUUGCCUCGGGAUCGCACCUCACUCGGAUACCGUACCCAGCUGGAACCAUCCCCAACCCUCUUCUCCCGCACCCCCUACAUGAGAACGAAGUGCUGCGCCACCAGCUUUUCGCUGCACCCUACAGGGACCUGCCGGGGUCUCUCUCUGCGCCCAUGUCAGCAGCACACCAGCUCCAGGCCAUGCACGCACAGUCAGCUGAGCUGCAGCGCCUGGCUCUGGAGCAGCAGCAGUGGCUUCACGCCCACCACCCUCUGCACGGAGUGCCGCUCCCCACGCAGGAGGAUUACUACAGUCACCUGAAGAAAGAAAGUGACAAACCCCUUUAAAUGGACUCCUACUGUCAACACGGCAUCCUCAUGUCUUUCUCUGAAGAGGAGCAAUCAAUCAACCAAAUCCUGGGGGAGGGGAAGCUGCGGAGUUACACAUCUUGAUCCUACCUUGCAGCAGACUGCAAGAGGAUGGGACGAAAGUGGAGGAUGGCAUCCUGGGAGCAGAAAGUGGAGAAAAGAAAACAGGGAGGGAUCGAAACACCAGUGACAGGCAUGAAAUGAUUGGCACAUGAUUUCAGCAUGGCUCUGAAGUGACUGAAACCAACGUCGUAAAGAGCCCCAAAAGACAAAGACUGGUGUGAAUUCAGAUUGCGGCAGCUCCAUCCUUUGUUUUGAGGGAACAGUUAAGUAAAAAGCGCAGAGCAUUGCAGGACUUCACGAUGCAAAACCCAGCAGAGCCUUUUUUCAAGACACCUCCCCCCCACACACACUUUAGAUGUAAGAUACUGCUUAGUGAUACAGAGAAACAAGGCGGAACUUUUCUAGUGUGGCUUCCGAAUCUCCGAGAUCCCUUCAGAUGCAAACACGGCAUUACUGGACCCCUUCAAAAACGGCUUCUCUUGCCUGGUGCCAAGGCCUGGGUCCCGGCCAGCUGGGUGCAAAGCACCAUGAGACUUGCCUGCAAGGUGUAGGCCGCCUUCCCACACCUCGCGGGGACGGACGCGGCCACGAGGUGCGAAGCACCGCCGGACUCGUCAAGCAGCCACCACCUCCGUACCCUGCCAGCCCCACCGGGAGCGCCGAUGGGGGCCGCGUGGUCGCACCCCGGGACCGUCCCACCCCGGGGCCGCGGCGGCCCCCUUGCCCCUCGCCCCCCUUCUCCUCGGUGUACUUUAAGUCAUGCACAUCCUGUUAUAGACGUGGCAGUUUUAUGUAGCAACUUGUGACCCCCCCCCUCCCCUUGCCCCCGCGUGCGUGUCCGACCUCACGGUUGUAUAACCCGACCGGCCCCCGUAUAUAUAUAUAUAUAUAUAUUUACUUAUCCAUUAAACGGAAGGAGAAAACCAA